AUGGAGGGAGGCAAUUUCGGCAAGGAGAAGGCGUAUUCUAGCAAAAAAAGAAAGAAUGCCCUUGGGAUGGAAACAGAGGAAAUUGAAAAAGAAGGCAACGAAAUGGAGAUGGAUGAUUCUGAUGGUGAUGAUAGCUGGAAAGAUAAGGAGGCUGCAUCUGAAGCACCUUUCUCGCAUGAGGAUGUCGUUGUUCAAUCAGGAGGUCAUAAGAAACACAAGGAGGAAGAAAGGAAGAAGAAAAAGGAGAAGGCUGCAUCUGAAGAACUUUUCUCACAUAAGGAUGGCAUUGUUCAUUCAGGAGGUCAUAAGAAACACAAGGAGGAAGAAAGGAAGAAGAAAAAGGAAAAGGCUUCAUUUGAAGUAGUACAUUGCUCGCAUGAGGAUGAUGUUGUUCAAUCAGGAGGUGAUAAGCAACAUAAGGUGGAAGAAAGCAAAAAGAAAAAGGAGAAGGUUGCAUCUGAAGCACCUCACUUGCAUGAGGAUGGCAAUGUUCAAUGA